CCCACCCAGUAAUAAUGGCUAGCUGCAGUAACGCCCUUUGCAAGGCAUGGAAUUUUACCGGCACUAUAAGACAGGGAAGUUCAGCCAAAGUUCAGUUCAGAAAAACAAGGGCAAUGGGGGCCAAGCAGGAUAUCUGUGGUUGGCCAUCUGGGCCCUAGCCUGGGGACAGAGACAGUUGGUACCCGAGAUAUGGCUAAGUCAGCACCAACAUCUGGUCACUUGGAAAGUCCCGUAGCUGUUUCCAGACUCCCCCACAACUGUCUCCAGGUUCCCCAGUUGCCUCGAUUUGAACCCCCGCCUCAUUCAAACUAACCAAUCAACGCUGCUUCUCGCUUCUGUACCACGCUUUUGGCUAUAAAUAAACCCCUAGAUCCCCAACUCGGCGCGCCAGUCCUCCGAGAGACUAGGUCGCCCCAGGUACCUGUGUAUCAGAAUAAAGCCUCUUGCUGUUUGCAUCCGAAGAGUGUUCUCGCUGUUCCUUGGGAGGGUCUCCCUAGAUUGAAAGAUAGCCCACCCGUGGGGUCUUUCAUUUGGGGGCUCGUCCGGGAUUUGGAGACCCCUGCCCAGGGACCACCGACUCACCACCGGGAGGUAAGCUGGCCAGCACUCGCUUUAUGUGUAUGUUUGUAGCAUUUCGUCUAUGUUUGCGCCCGCGUCAGGUUCUGUACUAGUUGGCCGACUAGAUCUGUAUCUGGCGGACCCGUGGAGGAACUGACGAGUUCGUACUCCCGACCGCAGCCCUGGGAGACGUCCCGGGGGCAUCUGGGGUCCGAUUCGGGACCCGUCCGUUUUCUGCGAACCCUACCCGGAUCGGACUGUUUGGAGCUCCUCCGCAGUCAGAAGGGUAUGUGGUUCUUCUGGGAGUAGAGAGAUCCGGACUCUCGCUAUCUCCAACUCAGACUUUGCUUUCGGUUUUACGCCGAAGCCGCGCUGCGCGAUUUUGGUGUUUUGUCAUUGGUUUUUUUGUUCCUUUGUCUGGUAUUGUCUGUGUCUGUGUUUGAAAAUAUGGGACAGUCCUUAACUACCCCUUUGAGUCUGACUUUACAGCACUGGAGGGACGUCCAGGACUUUGCGAACAACCAGUCCGUGGAAGUCCGGAAGAGGCGUUGGGUUACUUUCUGUUCAUCUGAAUGGCCCACAUUUAAUGUGGGCUGGCCAAGGGAUGGUACAUUCGACCUUAAUAUUAUCUCGCAGGUCAAAGCCAAAAUGAUGGACCCCGGCCCUCAUGGGCACCCAGACCAGGUGGCCUAUAUCGUGACCUGGGGGGCAAUGGCCUACGAUCCACCACCCUGGAUUAAGCCUUUUGUCCCUCCCAAACCCCCACUUCCUCCAUCUGCUCCCACCUUACCCCCUCCAGUCCCCUCCUCUCCAGCAGGACCCCCAACCCGCUCGUCUCUAUAUCCAACCCUUACUGACCCUUCAAAAACCAAACCUCCCCCUCCGCAGGUCCUGCCCGCAGGAGAUGACUUGCUAAUAGACCUCCUCACGGAGGACCCCCCUCCCUACCGAGAACAGGCCCUCCCGCCUCAGGCAGCAGACUCGACCGAGGGAGGCGAGGGACCUGUCGUGCCACCUCCUGCUGCCCCAUCCCCCAUGGCGGCCCGCUUGAGGGGACGGCGGGACCAACAGUUGGUCGAGGAUUUCACUUCCUCUCAGGCAUUCCCUCUUCGGACCGGAGGAAAUGGCCAACUACAGUACUGGCCAUUUUCCUCCUCCGACUUGUAUAACUGGAAAAAUAAUAAUUCCCCUUUUUCUGAAGACCCAGUCAGGCUGACCGCCUUGAUUGAGUCAGUCUUGAUUACCCACCAGCCCACCUGGGGUGAUUGCCAACAGUUGCUGCAGACCUUGCUGACAUCGGAGGAAAGGCAACGGGUCCUCCUAGAAGCCCGAAAGGCAGUCCGGGGGGCGGAUGGACGCCUCACUCAACUACCUAAUAAAAUAGAUGCCGCCUUUCCCCUUGAACGUCCCAACUGGGACUUCUCCACACAGGAAGGUAGGAAUCACCUAACUCUCUAUCGCCAGUUGCUCAUAGCGGGUCUCCAAGGGGCAGGCCGGCGCCCCACCAAUCUGGCCAAAGUAAAACAGGUAUUACAGGGACCGGGAGAGACUCCCUCAGCAUUCCUAGAACGACUCAAGGAAGCCUAUCGCAGAUACACCCCUUAUGACCCAGAAGAUCCAGGGCAAGAGACUAGCGUAGCUAUGUCUUUUAUUUGGCAAUCUGCCCCGGAUAUUAAGCGCAGACUCAAACGACUAGAAAACUUGAGAGAAAAUUCACUCAGAGACCUAGUCAAAGAGGCAGAAAGGAUCUAUAACAAGAGAGAGACUCCAGAAAAAAGAUAGAAACGUCUGAGAAAGGAGACAGAGGAGAGAGAGGACCGUCGCAGAAAAAAAGCUGAGGAAAAAGAAAAGGAGAGGGACCGUAAGAGACAUAAGGAGAUAAGCAAACUCUUGGACACCGUAGUUUCCAGUCAGAGACAGGGUAGACAGGAAGGAGAUCGAAGGGGGCCCCAAGUGGACAAGGAUCAAUGCGCGUACUGUAAGGAAAAAGGACACUGGGUUAGAGACUGCCCCAAAAGACCAAAGGGGCCCCGAAAGCCACGACCCCAGACCUCCCUCCUGACCUUGGAAGACUAGGGGGGUCAGGGUCAGGAGCCCCCCCCCGAGCCCAGGAUAACCCUUGAUGAUUGGGGGGCAUCCAGUCACCUUCCUGGUGGACACGGGGGCCCAACAUUCUGUGUUGACCCGAAACCCCGGACCGUUGAGCGAUAAGUCCGCUUGGGUCCAGGGGGCUACU